CUGUCAAAAUACAUGGAAAGAGAUAAUUUAUAUUCACCAUUUUCACCAUACCACGUUUUUUAACUUUUUAUAAUCGGCAUACGAAAUUGUAGUAAAAUUCUCGGUAUUGGCCUUUAAUUUGGCUUGUUACGCUUUACCUGUUUCUUAGUCAGUGAAUCAUAAGCUGGACACCAAAAAUCAGCGUAUGUACUGACAAGAGAACCGGUUGCAAGAGCAAAACCAUCGUAGCAAAACAGCGACUUAACAUAAUUUGAACCUAUAAAUGGAGAUAAAUACGAGACACUGAAAUAAAGAUGAUUGCCGCUGACAUUGAAACUAGGGCAUUUUUGACCCCAAAAUUAGAAAUUGUAUCAAUUGAUCCGAAUUGUAUGGAAUACGAUGAUUGGGACGAUAAUGAUGAUGAUGAUGACAGUGGUAGUAGUUGUAGUACAACUCCAAGUAUUAGUUCGAGCAGUGGUUUCAAGAGCCACGAAAAUGAUAGCGAAGAUUUAUUCGACGAAGACAAUUUGCGUCGACCGCAUAAUAUACCGAGCAGUAAAGAUUUAUCGAUAGCUAGCGAUCACAGUUACGAAAAAAAUACCGGAAGCGAAUCAAUAUUCACGGACAAUUCGAAAGAGUUUCAAACGAACUGCGAUCAAAUCGAUGCUUAUGCAAAUGUUGUCAAUUGGUUGGAUUCAACAUCCGCAAUGCCAUUGUUUCCGAAGCCUAUCAAAAUUAAACGCCAGAGUGAUUUUCCGAUUGAGGUGCUGGAUCACAAACGAAUCGAACUCGGCGGUCCAAUAAACAGAACCGAAUCUCAAAGAGUAGAUUCAGAACAUACGGUCGCUAACAAACGAAAUCAAUUACACGACAAACGCAAUGCAGAGAACUUAGUACACCACCCAUUGACCAACGCUGAACCGGUUCUGAAACAGCUCGAUAAAGUAACAGACAAGUCAUGCGGACCAGUUAACAACAUCUUAUUCGAAAAGAAUCAAAUUGAAACGACAAAUCGCCUGAACAAUGUCCAUCCGGUCCAAGCGAAAAAGAAAUUGAACUUGGAAGAGUAUCUGAAACGGCGGCCAGACUUGAAGCGCCAUCCAUCCAAAGUGAAUGAAAUUAAAACGGAACCAAAUGACUGGACAGCGAAUCAGAAUGAUGCGAAACAGGACAAAGAAUGUGUGGCGAACAGCAUUCAGGAUUUGUACGAGGAAAUAAUUGUCGUAUCAAUGGGAUCGAAUACAGAUGUGACGAUUCCAUUCAAUGAAAAUUUAUCCGGCGACGUUCAGUCGAUAAAGUUAAUAUCGGAAAUCACCGACACAAUUACGAAAGUGAAGAACGACAGUAAUUCAUUGAUAGCGAGCAUACGUGACGUUAUAAUAAAGAAAAGCAGUAGCCUCAAUUGUAAUGGCAACAAUGCCCCCGAUAGUACGAAUAGCGAAAUUGUAAAUGAAACCGAGCACGGCGAGGAUAAAACGAUUAUGCAUCUGAAAAAGGAUCGCAUACGGAACAAGUGCGCAUCGGUUGGCGUUCAGACUGAUUGUGAUAUACGGUUUCCGGUGCUGGAAAGGCCAAAAAUUGCCGUCUAUGCAAAAUCGUUAUCGCGGAGUCCGUCGACAAGCUCGAGAAGUUCAUAUAGCUCGUAUUCUAGUGACAAUAGGAAAAGAAAAAGUUCGAACGAUACUCGUCGAUCGAUAUCGCGGAGCAAUUACAGCAGUUGGUCGAAUCAAGGAUUUGAAAAGAGCUACAAACGAAGCCGCCAGGAAAAUGACGAACGAUGCACGGUCUACGUGGGCCGUAUCGAAACAACUACCUCAAAGGAAGACUUGAAGAAGAAAUUCGAAAAGUAUGGACCAAUUAAGGAAAUUUCGACGCAUCAAAAGAAGAAUGGAAUGAAAUUCGGUUUCGUAACAUUUAAAAGUGCCAAAGAUGCGUACAACACAAUUGACGGCAGUGCUGCAGAUUCGUCGAUAAAUACGUACGAUAUUAGUUUCGGCGGACGACGAGCUUUUUGUAAAGAGUCCUAUCUUGAUUUAGAUAAUACAAAUGUUUAUCAGCAAGGAUAUGUGUUACCGACUGUUCAACAAAACGAUAGCUUUGAAGAUCUGCUGCGAAAAGUUAAAUUAGAAAUCGAAAGCUCUCAAAAGCACAUCAAGUAGCUGUGAAAUUGUUGUAGAAUAUUUUUACAGAUUUUUUUUAUUAUAAAAGUCGAUGUCGCGUCGAUUUUUCAUUUUUGAAUUAUUAAAAAAAUUGUUUUUUUAAA